CUCCCAACACCACCUCAUCGAACACGACGCUUCUUCCCCUCGCCGCAACCAUCUUCAAUAUCUACCCUAUCAGUCACAGAUGAGGUGACGAUGAUCUCGAGGCUGCUGUCCUCGCGCCUCACUCCCGCCGCCCGCCAGAUCCCCUCCGCCGCGCUACGGAGGUCGGGGCCAACAUCGCAACAUGUCGUAGCCAGCGCGCCGCGAGCCCCCUUCUCCUCCGCCACCUUCUCCCGCACCCGCCCUCACCACCUCAACUCCCCGCGACGAUGGCCUCUCGGCGCCAACGCCAUCCACAACCUCCCCGCCGUCCGACAUGCCUCCUUCGCCCGAGUCAUCCCGCAACUCGCCAUGAAGCUCAUUCGCCUACCCGCCAUGUUCGGCGCUGCGAUGAUUGGCGGUGUCGUCUAUCUGCAAUACCAAGCUGCACAGGCGGGCACUUGGGCUAUUGACACGUUCGGCAAAGCGAAAGAUGCCGCGACAUCGACUGCCAGCGGUGCAUUCGAAGGCUUGGGUGGGAUAUGGGCGCAGGUUGGACAGGGUUGGGAUAAGACGAAGGAGGAGGUAAAGGGUGUCAAUGUGGAGAUGCCCGGAUGGAUGAGGGACAUCUACGAAGGCCGGACCGGAAAGGAAGAGGGCGGGUCUGGUGGGAGCGGUGGCGGUCCAAAUGAGCCGAAGCGCAGUAGUGUUGGCGCGGGCGUGGCGGGCGCGGGUGCUGCGACUGCUGGAGCCUUUGCGCUGGAUGCCGAAGGCCAAGAGGACGAUCGGUCGGACGACGUGGCUGCCAGAGACGAUCAAAUGAUGAUGCUCACCCGCAAGAUGAUCGAAAUCCGGAGCCUUCUCCAAACCAUCGGCCAGACCGAGUCCCUGACUCUGCCAUCGAUUGUCGUGGUCGGUUCUCAAUCGUCCGGCAAAAGUUCCGUCUUGGAGGCUAUCGUGGGCCACGAAUUCCUCCCCAAAGGCUCUAACAUGGUCACGAGGAGGCCAAUUGAACUCACGCUUGUCAAUACACCCAAAGCCCACGCCGAGUAUGGUGAAUUCCCGGCGCUGGGUCUCGGCAAAAUCACCGACUUUUCCCAGAUCCAAAAGACGCUCACGGACCUUAAUCUGGCUGUUCCGGAGAAGGAAUGCGUUUCGGAUGACCCGAUCCAACUUCGCAUUUCUUCGCCCAACGUUCCGGAUCUUAGUCUGAUCGAUCUGCCGGGCUACAUCCAAGUGGAGGCUUUCGACCAACCAACGGAGCUGAAAGUUAAGAUUCAGGAGCUGUGCGAGAAAUACAUCCAACCACCCAAUGUCAUUCUGGCGAUCUCUGCUGCAGAUGUCGAUCUUGCAAAUAGCACUGCACUUCGCGCCUCCCGACGUGUUGAUCCGAGGGGAGAGAGAACCAUUGGUGUGGUGACCAAGAUGGACCUCGUCGAGCCCCAGAGGGGCACUCAGAUCUUGAACGACCGGAACUAUCCUCUCAAGCUGGGAUACGUUGGCGUGGUCUGCAAGAUUCCGCAAGAAUCCAAAUCGCUCUUCAAGCGAGGCUCGGCCAACAUCCUGAACGCCAUCUCGAAGAACGAAGCAAGCUACUUCAAUUCGCAUCCCGAAGCUUUCGGCGAAGGCACCAAGGUUACGACAGGCACGUCGAAUCUGAGAAAGAAGCUGAUGCAUGUUCUCGAGAGCACGAUGAGCGCGUCGCUGGCCAGCACAAGCGAGAAAGUGUCUCGAGAGCUUGCCGAGGCGACGUAUGAGUUCAAAGUGCAGUAUAACGAGCGACCUUUGUCGGCGGAAAGCUACCUGGCCGAAAGUCUGGAUGCCUUCAAGCACGGCUUCAAGUCGUUCACUGAGUCAUUCGGUCGGCGGGAAGUAAGAGAGAUCGUUAAGAACGAACUCGAUCAGCAGGUCUUGAAUUUGCUCGCGCAGCGAUAUUGGAAUAAACCUGUGGAGAAUCUUACCCCCGAAGAAGGCCAGACUGUACUCAAAACACUUGAAGAGCUGCCCAAGGUCAAGGAGCAGGACAUGGAGCUGUGGAAGCUGAGGUGCGACGCCAGCACCAGCACCCUCACCAAGAUCGGCAUUGGUCGGUUGGCGACUAGCAUCACGGCGCAAGCGUUGCAGGAAAGUGUGCAAUCGCUCAUCCAGAACAGCACAUUCUCCAACCACCCCUUCGCUGUCAACGCCAUCAGAGAAGCGAGCGAGGGCAUCUUGCGAGACCUCAGUUGGGAGACGGCGGAUGAGCUGGAAAUCUGCGUCAAGCCGUACAAGUAUCGCGUCGAGGUCGACGAUGCAGACUGGAGAAGGGGAAGAGACCACAUCGCCGAAGUACUGAAACGUGAGCUGCGAGACUGCGAGGCCGCCGCCAAAGCUAUGGAGGAGCAGAUUGGUGGAAGGCGGAAAGCCAAGGACGUCAUUGGCUUCAUCGACAGAGUGAAGCGCGGUGAAGUCGUGCUCGAAGGCGACGGAGUGGGAGGCGCAGGAGGUUUCAGCGCCGCGCUUUUGACAAAAGGCCGCGAGGCGCUCUUCCUGCGCGACCGUGCGGACAUACUCAAAAUGCGUCUCUCCGCUGUCAAGAGUCGACAAUGCUCCACGCCCGCGAACAAAUACCACUGUCCCGAGGUCUUCCUUGACGCGGUGGCGAGUCAGUUGACCAAUACCGCGGACUUGUUUCUCGAUGCUGAGCUGCUGAGUAAAUUCUACUACCAGUUUCCGCGGCGAUUGGAGCAGGAGUUCAGGAGCUUGGACGAGUCGACGGUGGAGCGGUUUGCGCGCGAGGACCCCAAGGUGCGGAAGCACUUGGACUUGGUGAGGAGGAAGGACGGGCUGGAGCACGUGCUCAAAGAGAUGGAGAGUUUGCGAUUGUUGGAGAGCCGGGAACGCGAGAGAGGAAGGAGGGACGGCACGAGAGGCGAGGUGCCGGAGAGCAAGAAGAAGGGGUGGGGUUUGUUUUAAGAAGAUGAGCGGCGUUGGGGGAAUAUAUCUUGCUGAUGCUGCUUUGAUUGUGCGUGCGUGCGAGGGCAAUUUUGCCAUUUGUUGAUGCUCGUAGUCAUGACGAUAUCCACUCUGAUCUCACAAG